UCACUCGUGUUGGCACAAGAAGAAGUUCCCUGCGAUUGGAUCACCUGGAAUAGGUUGAUAUUGGUAUUGUCGAUGUUGGGCGGAGGUGGUGUAGUGGCUAGUGGUGCACUAUAUCACACGCACGGUCAGGGGUCCGAAUCACGGAUCGAUGCCCGCCUAGCCCAACCAAGCCUUCCAUUCCCCCGGCGUCGGUGA